ACCCAGUCUGUAAGACAGCAGCUGCUUUUAAAGCUCUGAGGACCAAGGGGCAUUGGUCACAAAUAUCUCUCUGGAUCAGCUACUGGAGGGAGAAAAAAUAAACUCCUCUGAAUUAUUAAAGACUAAGCCCUACUUAUCACAAUGCACUGCCUGAAAAGUCUGAGGACAGCUAACCCGGGAAUCUUGCAGCUGUUUAAAAAUGCAGGGAUCUCCGCCAGAGUUGGAGCUGAAAACAUUGUUUUGUCCAGGAUGCAGCAACCUGUUCCUCUCCCCUGCUGGGUCGCAGCAUCACCGCACACCCACAGAGCCUUUCACCAACAGACGGCCGCUGAUGUGGACCAAGGACACGCCAAAAGUAGGUUGAUGUCCAGCAUGGAGGACCUACUUUUCUACACCAUCACUGAAGGCAAAGAGAUGAUCCCCCUGUCUCAGUUCAUCUCUGCUUUGAGGAAAACUGGUUUGUUGACGUCUGACCCUCGGCUGCGUGACUGUGUCCGACAGAUGCGACAAUCCUCACUCGACUCUAUAGGGCCGGUCAUGAUGGAUAAGAAGCUCUUCAGAAGGUGUGUGGGCAACAACAUCAUGCUGCUGACUAAAGCUUUCAGAAAGAAGUUCAUCAUUCCGAACUUUGAGGAGUUUAUCCAGCACAUUGACAGGAUGUAUGACAAUGCUCAAAAGCAGGAGGCAGGACAAGUAGCUGAUUACAUUCCUCAGCUGGCUAAGUUCAGCCCUGAUCUCUGGGGUGUGUCUCUGUGCACAAUCGAUGGACAGAGACACUCUGUGGGUGACACAAAGGUUCCCUUUUGUGUGCAGUCGUGUGUGAAGCCUCUGGAGUACGCCAUCGCUGUGCACGAGUUAGGCAGCGAACACGUUCACCACUUUGUGGGCAAAGAGCCCAGUGGAUUCAAGUUCAACAAACUGUCACUAAAUGAGGAAGAUAAACCACACAACCCGAUGGUGAAUGCUGGAGCUAUUGUCAUCAGUUCCUUAAUAAAGCCUCAUUCAAAUAAGGCUGAAAGGUUCGACUAUAUGAUGGAGUUCUUGAAAAGUUUGGCUGGUACAGAGUUUGUGGGCUUUAGCAAUGCAACUUUCCAGUCAGAAAGGGAGACCGGUGAUAGGAAUUUUGCAAUCGGUUAUUACCUCAAAGAGAAAAAGUGCUUUCCAGACAAUGCAGAUAUGAUUGCAGCCCUUGACUUCUACUUUCAGCUGUGCUCCAUUGAGGUGACAUGCGAGUCAGGAAGUGUCAUGGCUGCCACACUGGCCAACGGGGGUAUUUGUCCAAUCACAGGCGAGCGUGUGCUGAGCGCUGAAGCCGUUCGUAACACCCUUAGCCUCAUGCAUUCCUGCGGCAUGUACGACUUCUCCGGACAGUUUGCCUUCCAUGUGGGCUUGCCUGCUAAAUCUGGCGUUUCAGGUGCUGUUCUGUUGGUUGUCCCCAACGUCAUGGGUAUGAUGUGCUGGUCCCCACCUUUAGAUCGGCUCGGAAACAGCGUCCGCGGUAUUCACUUCUGUCAGGAGCUGGUGUCUCACUUCAACUUCCACAAUUACGACAACCUGAGACACUUCACCAAGAAACACGACCCACGAAGAAAAUCAGAUGAAGAUCCGAACAAGUCCGUGGUAAACCUGAUGUUUGCAGCCUACAGCGGAGACCUCUCUGCUCUGAGGAGGUUUGCCCUCUCAGCUGUGGACAUGGAGCAGAGAGACUAUGACUCUCGCACAGCGCUCCACAUCGCUGCCGCAGAAGGUCAUGUGGAAGCUGUUGUCUUCAUGACUGAAAUAUGUAAAGUGAAUCCCCACAUGAAAGACAGAUGGGGGAACACACCUCUGGAUGACGCCAUGCAGUUUGGCCAUGAUGUCGUUGUUUCAGUCCUGCAAGAGUACCAGCGUCAGUACACUGACAGCGACGCAUCAAGCGACACAGAGGAGCAGAAGACGGCGUUGGAUUCGUUGAAGAGCAUUGUCUAAAUGACAAGGGAUCAGAGGGGUUCGUAAUGGAAAUUAAUCUAUUUUAUUAUGAGAGGACACAAGGUGACUGUGAGACCGGAUGAAUGAAUGAGUUUGUCUUUAAUAUGGUAACAGAUGUUACAUACUUAGACAUUUGACAAGAUAUUAAGUGAAGGAUUAAAAGGGAAGUUCACCCCAAAAUGUAAAAAAAUAUACAUUAUUUCUUCUCUUACCUGUAGUGCUAUUUAUCAAUCUUGAUUGUUUUGGUGUGAGUUGCAGAGAUAUGGGCCGUUAUUGUCUUAUUUUCGAGUGACAUCUAGUUCCAUUAUAUCAGAAAGAAGUCAGUCCUUGCUGUAAGCAGUUUAAUGUAGAAAGAAGGAAGCAUGCAUCUACUCAUGGCUGAGAAACUUGUGCCCAUGGCAGUGCAAGAUGCGUUUCCUUCAGCGUGGUGAUGUGUUUGCUGGGUGGAAAGACAAUAGUCCCCACAUGAAACUGUAUUUUUUGGCAGUUUGAGCACCAUAUGCCAUGUAGUUCCAUUAUAUUUUAGAGAAGGCAGACAUCUCAAUUAGGGGUCGACUGAUAUUCGUUUUUCAGGGCCAGUGCGAUAUUGAUUAUUAGUACGUAAUUAGACCGAUAACUGAUAUUUGGAACCAAUAUGCAUUUAUAAUGAAAGUGAAAAUAUUUCUGUCGAAAUUUAGAAUUUG